CACUGAAUGUUUGGUGUCCUUCCUUUCUGGCGAAUCUAUAUCUUUCCCAUUUCUUUUUCUGAACCAUAUAUGGAUUCACACGUUCCUCUAAACCUUCCAAUCUUGGUAUCACUCAUAAACUAUAAAGGGUUUGGUGACCUUUCUCUUUCUCAGAGUACAACAAAUCUUAUCUUUUCAAUGUUUCUCUACACUACAAGUUUCAAGCUUCAGGGUAGGAAUUUGGGGUCUAACAGUGUCUCAACUCAUUCUGUCGAAAACCCAUGUUUUUUUUACCCGUUUAAUGUGCAUAUAGUGCUGUUCUAGGGUCCAAGUUGCUUCGUUAUUUUCCAAGUUAAUCAAUUUAUGUUUCUUGUUUUGACCCACCUUGGUAGUUGAUAUGUGUGAUCAAAAUUGAGGAAUAAAUGCAUUUAGAAGGUUUAGGUUAGCAUAAGAGACUGGAGCUAACAUAAGAGACUGGAGCUUGUCACAGCCAUGAUUGGCCGUUGCUUUGGUGUCUUGAAUUGCUGUAAAGCGAGGGGUGAGCAUGCUGACCAGCCCCAUGAACACGGUACAGAAAAUUUGACUGCAACUAGAAACUUUAGCUAUAACUCACUGAGAUCAGCAACUGGAGAUUUUCAUCCUUCAUGUAAAAUUGGUGGAGGAGGUUAUGGAGUUGUGCACAAGGGAGUUCUAAGGGAUGGUACUCAAGUUGCUAUCAAGUCUCUUUCUGUCGAGUCUAAGCAAGGAGCACGUGAAUUCAUGACAGAAAUUGAUAUGAUCUCAAGUAUACAACAUCCAAAUCUUGUGAAGCUAAUUGGCUGCUGUGUUGAGGGUAGACAUCGGAUAUUGGUUUAUGAAUUUAUGAAGAACAAUAGCCUUGCGAGUUCUUUGCUUGGUUCCAAAAGUAAACUUGUUGCUCUGGAUUGGCCGAAGAGAGCUGCUAUUUGCCGUGGUACUGCUUCUGGUCUUUGCUUUCUUCAUGAAGAGGCUCAACCAAACAUUGUUCACAGAGAUAUCAAGGCCAGCAACAUAUUGCUGGAUGAGAACUUUACUCCAAAAAUUGGGGAUUUUGGCUUUGCAAAGCUUUUCCCUGACAAUGUCACUCAUGUUAGUACUCGUGUUGCAGGAACAGAGGGAUAUCUUGCACCAGAAUAUGCACUUCUCCGACAGCUUACAAAGAAGGCAGAUGUAUACAGUUUUGGAAUUCUCAUGCUUGAAAUAAUAAGCGGUAGAAGUAGCAGCAAAGCUGCAUUUGGAGAUAAUCUCUUGGUUUUGGUGGAAUGGGCUUGGAAGCUGAAAGAAGAAAAUAGGUUUCUGGAGCUUGUUGAUCCAGAAUUAACUGAAUAUGAUGAGAACCAGGUGAAUCGGUUCCUCAUAGUUGCUUUAUUUUGCACCCAAUCAGCAGCUAAGCAUAGACCCGCCAUGAAGCAAGUGUUGGAAAUGCUUUCCAAGGAAGUUCAUCUUAACGAGAAGGCAUUGACUGAGCCUGGAGUAUACAGAUGGCAUAACUCUGGUGGUUCUUCAAAUGAGACAUCAUCUUCUCAGGUAAUCAAGUACAAAAAAUCUGAUAAUCCACAUGAAACCUCAACCAACCUUAGUGGUACAGAUAUUGUGUCAGAGAUGAUUCCUAGAUGAUCGUUACAUAUUCACAAGAUGUUGGGUUCAUGUUUCUUGGAUGUGAUGUGAUCUUACUUAAAGUUGUUUUAUUUGUUAGCUUGUUUUAGUUAGGAAUUAGGAUCCAUGUGGUUCCAAAGGGGAACAUGAGAUCAUUUAGUAUUUCUUGUGUGCGUGCAUGUGCGUGUUUGUGUAUUUGUACUUUGCUGUAUAUCUUAUUUUUUGUUUUGGUCAACUGCUGUAUAUCUUUCUAGUGAUGAAUCUAUGAUACUGAAUCUUAUUUCUUAUAUUUUUAUGUACCAAAUGAAAAAAAAAUUAUUUA